UUGUUUACAUCCUGAAGCUGCAAGCUGUUAGCAUCGUGGAGCUAAAUUAUCUCCAAAUGACGGCUAUUUUCGUCCUAGCAAAGAUUACUACUAAACAGCUUUAUUUACCAACAACAUUCUGACAUGUUACUAAGAUGACUAGUUUGGUAAUUAGCUCUGUAGCUGCGUUAGAAACGGUUAGCGGCUAACAGCUUUGCAGCUCAGCAGCUUUAGUGCAGCAUGUUUGAUUCAUUCCAACAGGUGUGAGCUGCAGGGAGGUAAAGUGCAGUCUGUCUGUACGUAUUUGUCAUUUCGUCAAUAGAGUUUCGAGCAGAUCUUUUAUUUUUUGCGUGUUGUAUUUUAGCUACAGUCAGCUUUAGCGUCCCCUUAGCGAGCCAGCUGUUAGCUUCAGGUUGCUAAAGUUAGUCACACUUUGUGUUUCAUGCUGCUGCAGAGCUUCAGCUUCAAAUCAACAAGCGUGAGCUGCAAGGAAGUAAAAUACAGUCUGUCUCUUUGCAUUUGUCAUUUCUGGAGAGUUUUGAGCUAAUAUUUUAUUUCUUCAGGGAUAUAUUUUGGCUACAGGUAGCUUUAGCGUCCCAUUAGCUAGCCAGCUUUUAGCUUCAAGUGGUAAAAGUUUGUUAUACUUGUGUUUCAUGCUGCUGCUAAAGCUUAGCUUAAUGUCAACAGAUGCGAGUUGCAUAGAGGUCAGGAAACAUCUUCUCAUUUCUAGAGAAAGUUCUGGGUUACUGUUUUAUUUAUAAGUGCUGUCAGCUUUAGCGCCUCAUUAGUUAGCUCAGGUAGCUAAAGUUUGUCAAACUUGUGCUUCACACUCCUGCUGAGCCUCGGCUUUAUGCCAACAGAUGUGAGCUACAGGGAGGUAAAGUACAGUCUGUUUCUGGCAAAUGUUUUUGUUUUUCAAGCGCUGUAUUUUAGCUACAGUUCCCUUUGCAUCCCCUUAGCCAGCUGUUUUAAAGUCGUUGUCCUGUGUUUAAUAAAUUUACAGACAGUUCAUGUAGUGUCACUCAGGAAGCUACAUUACAUAUUCAUCUGUCAGCUUCAGCAAGUAAGGUGAUGCUCAGAAGUAACAGGCAGUUGUAGUUGUAAGCUUGUGAUAACUUCUGUGUUUCAGCACAGUGCUCUAUGAACCUGCCAACAGGUGUACAGAUGGUGUGAGCUGCAGGGAGGUCAGGUGAAGUCUGCAUCUGCACAUUUUUUAUAUUUCUUCAGAGAGCUGCUGCCUUAUAUUCUUUUCCUUAUUUUUAACGCUUAUAUUGACUCCAGUUCAGCUAAAGCUUGUAAAGUGUGUCAUGGUCCUCGGCCGCGUCCUGCUGAGCCUCAGUUCCAAGUAUUUGAAAAGUUUACAGAGAGUACAUGUAGUGUCAGUCAGGAGGCUGCAUCCAUUGUCCACCUGUCACCCACAGAAAGUCCAGACAUUUGCACACCUGUUCAGGCUUCAGGCUGCAGCAGAAUCCUCUUCGUGUCUGCUGACAGUGUCUGACAUGCAGCCGGCCUGUGCUUCUUAUGGAAGAGAGACGUGUGGGGUUGUUUCUGACGAUGACGACGACGAAGGCGGAGGUGAAAGCCUGGCUGGACGAGAGGAGAAACGAGAGGAAGACGAGGAGGUGAUGAAGAUGAGCCCGGUGAAGUCGAUCGACACGGAGAUCCAGAAAGCCUCGUCUGUUUGUGGAGCUGCUUCAGGGUCAGAUGAGAAGAUGACAAAGAGCAAGACAAGGAGAGAGAAAAGGAAGCUGAUGAAGAAAAAGCUCAAGUCUGCUGAUACUUCUGAGAAUUUAAUGUCUGAGCUUCCGUUUGCUCUGACCAGCCCCACCACAUGGAAAGCUCUGGGUUUCCCAAAUCCAGAGCCCACCCAGAAAAAGAAGAAGAGAAAGCGAGGAGAGAGUGGAGGGCUGCUGGACAGCGAAGAGGACGGAGACAAGAAGAAGAAAAAGAAAGAAAACCAGCGACCAAACUACUUUCUGUCUAUCCCCAUCACCAACACCCAGAUAAGCUCAGCGGUGACGGAAGUCCAGGAGGUGAUUCUGCAGCAGGAGCCCCGUCUGGCCAAAGCCAUGAUCCCCGUCCCGACUCUCCACAUCACGCUGCUGGUCACUCAUCUGGCCGAUCAGGAGCAAGUAGACCUGGCGGCCGCCGUCCUGGCUCAGGUCGAGCCGUCGCUGGCCGAGCUGCUGGGUGGGAGGGACCUGGUGCUGCCCUUCUCUGGGAUCGGCCACUUCAGGAAGGAGGUGGUGUUUGUAGGACUGACGGCCGGACCGCACCGAACCACUCUGGACAGCCUGGCAGAGCUGUUGCGGAGGCGUUUCGAGGAGCAGGGUCUUCUACAGGGAGACAGUCGUGGGUUUGAACCCCACCUCACCAUUAUGAAGCUGUCCAGAGCGUCCAAGCUACGAUCACAGGGUAUAAAGCGAGUGGAUCCGGCUCUUUACUCCAACUACACUAACAAAUUUUUCGGAGACCAGACGGUGGAGCGAGUUGAUCUGUGUUCUAUGUUGAAGAAGAAGCAACAAGAUGGAUAUUACCAUACUGAGACUUCACUUCAACUCGGUGGGCGUCGCCGGUCUGAGCCUGAUGAGGCGGAGCUCCUGAGGGUCAGCAGGCGAUUGGUCGAGGACGCAGUCAACCGCGCCUUGCAGCAGUACAAACAGGAAACACUUCAAAAUGGGGGUGGGCCUAACGCGGCGGCGCCUGGGAACACCGAGGAUGCCGCCGCAAAGACAGACACUACAGCUAACUCCACAGCCGACAACAGGAAGUGACGUCACCGGAUUGAGCCACAGAGACUGAGAAACCAGCAGCCCAGAAAACAUCCUGGAGAACCAGGAGACGAGUCAGUAGAACCUGGGCACUAAACCAGCCAAACAGUCAGCUCCCGCCGCUGACCAGAUCACCACCACAGCUAGCCGGACAUGCUAGCUACCUGCCCACCUGAGCUAGCCUGCCACAGCGGCCAGCUAAAUAGUAAAUGUAGCUCGAGAUCAACUCUAGGUGAAAACAGGUUACUGAGUCUGCUGUCCUACAUGUAACAGCAGGAAAACAUCUGCAGAGACUCACAUAGGCUUCACUGUGACCUGAAACUCAGAUCUCUUAUGUUUUCUAGACGGUUUGUUUACCAUCACCUGCUCUUAAAACCUUAAUUUCCCCUUCAAAAUAGUUUCAGGUGAAAAAAACAUUUGACCUUCCUCUGAGCUAUUUAGUGCUUUGUUCACAGACAUGAGAUCACCGAUGUGUUCAUGUUUGUGGCUGGAGAGGAUGAAUGAGCUGGUCGGACGGUCUGUGCACGCUUCUGUUGAGCUUCUUUAGCCCUCUGAACCAAAAGCAGCAGUUUCUGGGUGUUUUUUUUUUUUAACUUUUCCUCACUGUUGGCUCAUUUUUGUCUGCAAUUAAAGUCUGUGGAAAAAGAAGAACCAUGAAGAAGAAAAAGAGAGAACUCCAAGAGAACUGUUAUAAGAUGAUAAAUUAUUAAAAGAAGGGAAAAAAUGUGAUUUAUUUCAGUAUUUAAAUAGAGGUUCUACAUUUCUUUGAAUAUUUAACUAUUUAAAUUUUCUUUGUUUUCAGACUUAAAACUCUGAAUUUUUGUCGUCUCAGUGGUGCCAAGGAGCUCAGAUGUUUUUUGUGUUUUACAGAAUCUAGUUAGAGCCAACAUUUUAUUUUUACCGUAUUAUUAAACGCCACACCACACAUGGUUAGUUCAAAGACCGCUGGAGAGCUGAAAAUCUGAAGAUGCUUCCUGUUUUUACAGUUUCUGGCUUUUUUUUUUUUUUUUAAGAUAUCGUUCCUUUAAUACCUGCCGGCAUGUUUGUGGUUCAGAGGGUUAAACCUCCUGCAUUUUAUUUUAUAUUUAAGAUGAUUAAGGGUUUUCUGAUCCCCAGGUAUGCUUCAUAGGAAAAUUGCAGUUUAUUUCAAACUGCUGUUUUUACCAUUAAUGUAUCUUUAUUAUCAUGCUGUUGAAAGUGAGGAAAACUGCGAUUGGCCUGAUUUCCUUUUACAUGAAUUAUUUAAAAUGUUCAGCCUGUCUGAAAGGAAACAGAAAAUAGUCACCUGAAACAGACAUUUUUCUAACCGUUUUCUUUUCCUGAGCUUCUGUAGAGCUGAACAUUUGAUCUUCCUUCAGUGGUGUUAUUUCAGUGUCUUAAUUAAAGGCUUAAUGAACUUCAUGAAAGAGAAAAGAAAAAUUCAGACGUAGGAAACAUAUACAUUUUAAUUACAGCUUUCCUGAUUUAACACAAUUCCUUUCCUUAUUUCCUCAUAUGUAGGCAAAGUUUUGUUUGUUUCUUCUUCUGUUAGGUCUUUAAAAUGUUAGCAAACAGCAGAUUUUGCUUUCUGACUUCUUCUGCUCUGUUUAUUACAGCUAACAUCACUUCUAACGCCACCCUCUGGUGACACUACAGCUGAGUUUAUUCUCUGUCAAGCAGAUAAUGUAAGUUUUAGUUUGUUUUUUUUACAAAAUUUCAGAAUGUUGCUUCAAAUUUUCUCAAAUGAAACGUGUGCAGUCUAAAUAUAUACAAAGCCAGUUUGUGGAAAAAAGACAAAUUAGCAUUUAACUUGGCAUUAACUUUUUUGCGGCAUUUCCAGAUUUAUCCUCAAAUUAGCUUGAUAAUUACACAAAAUAUGUGAGUUUUUUGCUUUCACGUGGAGAGAAAAAAGGUGCAGUUUGAAAAAUGUCUGUUUUCUACGUCUCUUUUCUGUUUUUAACUUGAGUCAGACUGAAGACCUAAAAUAAUUCAUGUAAAAAUCAGCUUUUAUUGCAAAAUUGCAGGGAGCUCAUGAUGAUUUAACCACUAAACUCUGUUUCCUUCCACUUCUACAACAGAAGUGAAGAGUGUAAAGUCAGCAUCACACUUAGACACAAUUUAAAUACCAAUAAAUCCAGCAGGUUGAAGUAAUGAUAAACUGCUGUCGCAUUAAUAACCAGAGAGUCCUGCAGAAGCAGCACUGAGACAAUCAACACCCUGGAUCACAUUAAUGAUUAAUAUGAACACUAACAAACUUAAUGAAGCUGUCGGUGUGUUUCAGAUGAUUUAAAAGAAUCAAAUAUUAGAAGUACAGCACACUAAGAGUUGCCAAGAAAGCUUGUCUCCUGAAAACUGGUUGAUUUUUAAGCUGUUUUUAUGACGUCACACAAGCGUUUAAUUCACAUUUCACCUUCCAGGCUGAAGUUUUCUGUUUUGUUUCUGCUGAUUCGACUGAACUUAUUAUUUAUGUGUCAUUUAAAUCCGUUCAUGACCUGUUUGGGUUAAAGUUUGUGAAAGUAUUUGUCUUUUCUCUGCAGUACUGUACGUUUGACAGCAGUUAAAGCCAAGCAGGAGGUUCAGACAAUCGCUGCUGUCAGCUGAAAACCCUCCGAUUUGUAAUCAUCAGCGUCUUCCAUCCUGUUUUUCUUUCAUUUUUAAGAAUAAAAUCAGCCUUUUUUGCAUCUUACAGCUCAUAAAAUCCAUCAUAAAGGGGUCUUCAGCUGAUGGCAAGGUGAUGAUGAAGGUGAUCUUUUUUAUUUAUUUGCUUAUUUGUUAGAUUCCCUGUUUGAUUUUUUUUUUUUAAAAAAGAAAACAAUGAAGAUGAGAGUAAAAGUUUGCAUCUUGAAGGUCUGAAAAAGCACAAAACUUUUCUGUUUGUACUAGAUUUCUUAGAGCAGGUAAAUACUGUAAAACACAUGCUGUUAAAUCAAAUCACCUCCGUUCAAAGUGGCCUUUAGUCACUGAAAACAACAAACACGUGAUUUUCGUUUGUUUUUUUUUCCUGUAAGUGCUUCAGGUGUAUUUUUAUCCGGUUUCAAAGAUCAGUUCUGCUGUGAGAUUUGCCAAAGUCUGUUAAAUGUUGACGUGUGGCUAAAGGCUAAAGAUGCCGCCGUAAAACAGAAUCCACGCUGUUUGUUUCAGUUUCCCUUUAGCUCAGCUCAGGCUGUUAAAGUCACUCUGAUCCCUGUGAAAUCCACCUUAAAAGGCUCCGCUUCAGGCUUAUCAAAACACCAGUAACAGGUGGAUUCUGUCUUAAGGUGGACUUUGAACGUUUCUGUCUCGCUCUCUUAUUGUCACCGGAUCCUUAAUCUCCUUAAAUCCCCUUUAAUACACCACAAGUUGUCCUGUUGUGCGUCUGAAAGUGUGUGCUUGUGCGUUUGGUUCCCCUGAGAAAAUCCAACAACACGAAACGUCGUCCUUUCUAUUCGUCUUUGUGUGCGUCCGACUGCGGGUGUGUCUUUGUACUGUGUUGUGUAUCUCGUUCUGCCAUAUUUGAACAAUAAAACAGGAUAUGAGAUUCAAAACCAA